GAUUAGAUUGGGGAGGGGUACUCAACACAACAAACUGGAUUUGGUCUCAGUAGGUCUGCAGUUUUCUCAGAAAGUCAACAGGAGAGAUUGAGGGGUGAUUUGUUGUGUUGAAAACUGCAAUAUUUCAUGACACUUUGGAAUUUAAACAAUGUUUAAUUAAUGUCCAGCUGAGUUUUACAUCAAUCAUAACCCUAAAAAAACUUCCUUUAUUUAUCUGAACUUUUACAUUUGUAUUCUUUUUUUGUACUUUCCAAACAAUAUUAUUUUUGUUUUUGUUUUGUCUGACUCUAAUGAGAAUUUAUUCCUCAUUUUAGAGAUGCAAAAAGACCAAUUCAUGAAGAGUUAUCUACUAGCAAAGACGUGUGAAACACUGUGAUUUUUGGUCUCUAAUACAAGACAGAGAACAAUACAAAAUACUAAAUUGUGUUGUUUUUUUUUUUCUGGCUGAUUAGUCAGGUUCUUUUUUCCACCCUGACAGGUUUCAAUCUGAGCUUCAUUCAGGUCGGGAUAAGCAAAAAUCUGUCUGACUCAAGGGAGAAGAACAUUCAUAACAUUUUGAUCUUUGACAAAGCUGUACCUUUUCAUGGAUAUGCUAUAAGCUUUGUUUUCUGAUGAAAAGUCUGAUCCUGCUUUCUUUCAAAGCCAAGCAUGUCACUCACCCCAAGUCUAUGGAAAAUUAAAGCAAAGGAUGAUCAGGCUGCAUGCUGUUAAUUGCCUCUUUGUUUUACAAAACACUGAUGCAGUCUCUCAGUAGCUGUUAAUUUCUAACAAAGUGUAAUGAAGCCCCAAGAUGGUGGUUGGUAUAUUGGAAAUGCUGAUUCCAAAUAACUUCAGAGGUGAAUUUGAGGUCAGUAUUGCUGCCUGGCCAACACCCACAGUGUGGUCCUCUAUCAUUCAAAUGAUUAUGCCUUGUUAUAUAUAACCUUCAGCCCCAGUACUACCAAAAUGGAGGUGGCUCAAAUAAAUUCAGCUCCUGUUCAGUGGCCACAAAUGAAGAUCUGGGGUAGGGACCAAAAUUACCUUCGUAAUAGACAGUAAACAUAUCAAUCUAUGCUUAAAGUUUCCUUGGCUUGUGGAGCAAGACUCAAAGAGGAAUACUAACUGCAGUUUUUGGCACAAGGGCGCAAGAUUUUACUUUGUAUGGUUUUUGCUUGAUGGCCUUGUUUAACACCAACUCAGUAAAAAAUUACUGUCAAGAAAUAAUCAAUCUUAUUCAAUGUGGUCUGGUUUGCUCUUGUUGGCCAUAAAGAGGAGUCUAUAUUGAUAUCUGCCUGUUCAAUAGUUAUCUAAAUUCUCCUCACAGGAGGUAUCACAGAAGGCCAUAAAUCGGAUUCUGUUGGGAUCACUUAAAGGGAUAUUCCGGCGUAAAAUUGAUUUAGGGUCAAACACACCUUUACACCAAGUUAGACACCCCCUCGAGAGAUGAAUGUUGCCGACUGCUAAAAAGAUGUUUGGUGGCUAGUGCUAUGGCUUGGACCCUAUACGUACUGUUGAUGAAGUUAGGUGCUGUUCUGAGCAUUAUUUGUGGCUGUAGAGUGGCUUUUUGGUUGAAGUUUGUUUAUGGCUCCUCAGACCACUGUCUAUUGCUAUCGUGAGGUCGUUUCUAAAGUUGGUAUAACUAGAAAAGCAAGCGGUUGGCAUCAUUAAUCUCUCGAGGGGGUGUCUAAACUCAGUGUUAUGGUGUGUUUGACCCCAAAUAAAUUUUACGCCGGAAUAUCCCUUUAAGGCAUCCCCCAGGGUUCUAUCUCAGGUCCUAUUUUGUUCACUGUUUCUAUAAAGGACUCGAGUAAGGAUAUUAAAGGAAAAAUACACUUCUAUGCUAAUGACACUUUUAUUUGUAUGCAUGCUACCUCCAAUUGCAUCAAUAAAACCCCUUACUCACUCCCGCAGUGGUUUAAAGGGUUGGACAUCAUUGACAUUUCACAGACCUUUAGAAUCUCUUCCCAGAGUGCUGGCAGUGAGCACUGGUAUUCCACUCUGGGAAAACAUCCGGCUUAUCUCUGUACUUCUCUCUAUACCAGCUCUACUGGGUAUCAGGUGCAAUCAACAGCAGCCCUAGAUGCUAAAAUAUGAAGCCAAAGUGUCCAUUUGAGUCCGGCUCCAAGAGCUCAGGAGACCCCAUUUACAUACACUCACAUCAUUUGAAUGCCCAUCUAUACAGCAGGAAUUUGCAUGUUUUACAGCUGGUUCAAAAAACUGGUCUGAGUAGUUCAUAUCUUCAGCUGUGCACACUGUGGGAGAGGGAAGAUUUCUGGUUGCUUUAAGUUCAUGAGAUUUGCAUAAUUAGAGGUAUUGCCCAACCACUUUAAGAAUAUCACAAAGAGCAUGGUGGCAGAGGCAUGUGGAUGUCAACCAAUUAGCGUAUGGAUGUUAGAUUACAAUGACUCUGUGAAUGUAUGAUGUGAAGGGCUCUUAAGCGAGGUGCUCAAGUGGUUUCAGUUAAGGACACCACUUAUCAUAAAGCAUUCAAGGGUCACUCAUGCACUCUUGUGUGUUUAAGGAUAGACUUUUUUUACUUGAUUUCCAUGCUUUAAGAGCUCAGAUUCUAAAUAUGGCCUUUCCCUCUAGCUCUUUGUUUUUGCUCUCCUGAUAGCUGCAGCUUUAUCUCUUCUUUGCAGAGCUGCCCCCACUGUAAUAUAACAGCCACGAGGGCGUGAUAAUCAAACUUUGAUAGGCAAUCUUUUAGUGAGCAGACCUGGGAACUGCAAUGCACAGCUCUAGCAGGAGUGGAGGGUAAUGAAAUCAGGUGGAUGGAUUGAAGACUGCCUGACUGGAUGGCUUUUGCUCCCCUCGCCCCCAAACCUGCUGAAUGAUAGCCUAGUAAAAAUGGAGUCAGCGAUAUUUCCAGUGAUUUAAACCAAGUGCCUUAGAUGGAGCACAUUACCAACCAGACGGCGUCAGAGGUGGAUAGAGAGAAGAAGUAAAAACAAACAGUACCCUGCAGGGUUGUCACAGCGGCUGCAGGAUGGCUGAUGGACAGGAGCGAGGCGGCCUGUUGGUCAGCUGUGAAACUGCCGGAUUUUGCUGGUUUGUAGGUCUGUUUGAGAGCUGGAUGAUGGCACCUUUACAGGGCUCAGGGGUCUGUCAAUUUGCUUUACGAUACAUUUGCUCAACCAACUGGAGGUGAUUUUCUGGCUUGUGUCUUGCUCUUUUCCUGAGGAUCUUCCCUGACUCUAAUUUCCUCAGCACACUUGAGAUUCUCUCCUCUGCGUCCUCGCCUCACCCUCCUGAUGCGCUGUGAACCGUAUAAGAAAAAAAACCCAACACUUUCUUGGUCAGAGGAUGAGAGCUAGUUAUUUUUUUUGUUCAGGUGUGAAAUAGCCUGAGUUAACCGCUGCUCUAUGACAGUGCUUUCUCACUGAAGUAUUAAGGCCUGGAGGGCUUAAAUUGGAUUUGGCAUGGCUCUGAACACACAAUCUCGCCCCUUUACCAAUCCAUGGCGCUGAGGUUUUACGAAGGCUUUGUGUUUAAUUACUGCUAAGAACUCCUUAUUUCCUCCGUUUAUCACACAUAGAGAUUCAAUCGGGAGCCUGUUUACUGAGGUCUUUGGCUAUGAUCUGAGGAAAGCCACAAGAAAAACAAGACUGACCUUUAGGGUUUUUUUUCUCCCAUGAGCUUCAUGUGAAGUAUGAAGCAUGCUAACACAAGAUCCUCAGAUAAACUGGAAAAUCAUGUAUUUCAUGGGCAAAAUAACUUAUACAUUUAUGUUCUACAUUAAGGAUUAUGAAAAAAAUUAAAAAAUGUACAAUUUUUAUAAGUUUAAAUUUGAGGAUUGACAGGAGUUAAACUGAUUAAAAUGAGUAAAUUAAUGAGAAAUUAGUCAUAAUCUUAUGUAAUCCUAUGUAAGCUGUAGUUUUAUAAGAAGGAGUCUUAAUUACAGGCCAUGGCUAAUCUAUAAAACCACAUGUAAAGGGAUGUCAGAGCAGCAGCCAGCCCCCUACACUCAAAUGAUCAACACGCUUCUCCUUGUGGAUCUAUACCAUAGAUUUACUGCAUCACUCAUGGAGCAUGAUCUAUGGAGCGCUGAAAAAAGGCUGUACCGGCAGCUUACAGUGGCUGAGACGUUAAAAAUAACCAAAGAGAAGGUGUCACUCUUCUUGUUGAUGUCCUCAUGUUUUGGCCAGAAGGAGACUCUGAAAUUAAAUUCAGUCUGUUUCAUAGCCAGCUUAAACACCUCACAGGAGGAGUGUGUGGUUAAUGUGCGUUAAAGCUCUGCUGCACGGUCAGUGUCACAUGAGGCAAUUAAAAGCACACCACAAAAACAGCUACCUAAAUAUUAUUAUUUGUAAGAGAUUUGUAUUUGUAAGAGAAUAAAUCAGUAUGAGAUUAUUAUUUUGGUCAGAAAACAUUUACUUGUAUAAAAUAAGAAAAGAUAUAAAUAAUCCUACUUUGUCCACUAGGGGGCCUCAAAAUUAACCCAAAAGUCCCUCACAGGAGCUUUAACUUAUGCUGUUGCAUCAUUGCCCUAUUAGGCACUAGCUCACUUUUUUAUUCAUAAUUUGCAUUUAUUCAAUGUAAUGUCAUUUAUAUGUAUUUGUUAUACUCUCGGAUGGUAGGUAGUGUGAGUGGAAGGAAAAAAUCACAAACAAGAUGUGAAUUCUCAAAAAUGAGGAGAAUAUUUAUCAGGCCACAUCAAAAUAAGACAAAAAUGUCAAUUAAUUAAAUACUUUGCAAAACUAUCCCCGGCAGAGGAUAAAAAAUAUGAAAUAUUAGUUUAACACAGUGGUUCUCAAGUCCAGUCCUCGAGGUCCACUGUCCUGCAUGUUUUGGAUGUUUCCCUGCUCCAACACACCUGAUUCAAAUGAUCAGCUCGUUAUCAAGCUCUGUAAUGGCUUACUAACAAGCUGAUCAUUUGAAUCAGGUGUGUUGGAGAAGGGAAACAUCCACAACAUGCAGGACAGUGGGCCUCGAGGACUGGAUUGAGAACCACUGGUCUAACAUAAGUCCAACAAAACUGGAUCUCCUCACAGCCUCACAUCACCCAGACUGCUGAUUUCACUCAGCUCAUAUGCUCUGCUACCUGCAGCUUUAAUCACAGCCUCACAGAAUUCAGGUGUGUCCACUCUCAUCUGCAGACAAUCCAAGGCUGAGUGAAUGAAUCACUCAAUCCUUAACCCCUAACCCCCAUAUGGGCUUUCACUAUAUAGCUGACUAUGUAGUGAGCUCAAUUACCGGAGGUUUCGGACACUACAAGUAUCCCGCAACAAACGAUGCAUGACGGGAUGCCCACCACUGGUGAGUGACCAUUAGAUGGUCACUACAUUUUGCAAUGCUCUAUGGGAAAUUUUGAGUCGUCUAUAUGGGGCAUUGGAAUUGAUCACUCAGGUUUCGGACAUCCCUCAAAAUGGCACUAACCCCCAUAUAGUCGCCUAUAUAGGGGUUAGGGAUCCAUUUUGGACACAGCCCAAGUCAGAGAAGCUGCAGCAAUAAUGAAAGGGAAACCGAAUUCCCCAUAGGGAAACAAAAAAAAAACUACACACACCCCAUAUUUAGAGUGAAAUGUAAACAUCAUAUGCAUGUAAUUUAUGCUUCAAACCAAUACUGCUUGGGUGCUAGUUGAAUGUGCACCUUCCUUUAGCCUUAACAAUAAUUGGUGAGGACUCUAUGGCUUCAUAACAGUAUUGUUUUACUAAGUCACUGGCAUACAAAUUUCAGUGUUAAUAAAAAUCUUCUCCAUCCCAUUCCUUUCCUCCAAGUACAAGUUGAGCACUUAUUCUCAGUUUUCUUUGAAUCACACUAAAACCUUUUUGAAAUGCUGUUAAAAUAAUGCACCUUUAAUUAGUGAUACUUUAUUAUCUAUGUUUACAUAGUGUGUGUGCAGAAUAAACGACGUGUAAAAUUUACAGAGAAUGAAAGUCAAUGUACAUAUUUGCAUUAAUGUGCUAUCAGCUGCAUCCUGCAAAACAGUAAAUCAAAGCUCCACACAGAGGACAGAAAAAGGCCAAACUUUGAUCCUCCUGUAUUAUCUUUAACAUGAAUGACUUCACAACCUCAUUCUUCUUCUCAUCUCAAAUGUAAUCUAAUUUUUCUUUUGUUAUUAAUCCACUGCACAGAUAAAGGUGACUUCAUAACAAUACAGCUGAAUGAAAGUACUCCCUCUGCGGAAGGAGGGCACGUUCAACGCCAUCUGGUGAUAAUCGCUGUGACAGGGAAAAUCAUGCUGCCAACUCCUAUAAGGUAAUGCCUGGCUCUUUGACAGCCCUGUUCAUGACAAGAAAGAGUUGAGAGCACACCCACGCGUUUCUGAGACCCUGCUGAUGAUGUUUUCUCGCACAGGCACCAGUGAAAGCUCCUGAUUCGCGGUGCACUUGUACUCUUGUGAACGCACUCUUAAAUACAUGCAAACAUCCAUAGGAGUAUCGCAGAUCGUGGGUUGAAGAAACUUGCACAUGGAUUCAUUUGCAUUUUACAUGAUAUCUAAGAUGGGUUAACAUUUUCUCUGUAAUCAGUGUGCUUUGUUAUGGCGCUGUGAAAACAAAAACCUGAACAGUGAGAGAGUUUUUUCUUUGAAAGCUGUAAGUGGACACAUAUCAAAUCCUUUUACUUGCUUUUUUUUCCAUGACAAUGAGUUAAAUUCUGUUGCUCUUUCCAGAUCUUGAGUUGAUAUCAAACGAUCAUAACUCAUGUCCCAAGACUGACAUGUUGUAAUCUGAACAGCACAAAAACACUGCUGCAUGUGGACCUGCUGCAGGACCCUGGAUCCAACUCCAUCCUUUCCAUUGAGAGACAACCGACUCUGCUGGUGAGCCACAGCUGCCUCCUACAAGACAAGUAAGUCAACAUCUCAAAACGUUCACUGUUUCAAGAAAACCACCUGGUAAUCAUCAUUUAUAAAUGGCAUAUAGACGAUUAAUAAAUUGUGAAUUUUACAAUUUUAAAAGCCUGACCCAAAUCCUAAUCCUAAUUUUACAAUGAUCAUCUAAGUAAUGUUUAUAGGUGGUUUAUAAACCACUUAUUAAUCAUUUAAAAAGUAUUACAAACAUCAGUUGCAACUUUACAAUAACCAUCUAAGUAAUGUUUAUAGAUGGUUCCAAACCAAAUAUUAACCAUUUACAAAGUGCUACUGACACACAUUUUAAUCUGGAUGUUUUACAACCAAUAGUUAAACUCUAUAUAAACCUUUAAUUAAUAGUCCAUUAAAAAUCAUAAUUUCAUUGCUUGUUAAUAGUAAAGUAGCUAUGAACUUACAUUAAUAAACUAUUUGCCAUUUAUAAUUGGUCUAUAUGCUGUUUAUAAAUGAUGAUUAAACAUUAAUAAACUAUCCAUUUACCAUUUAAUAAUUAUGGUUAUUUUAAAGUGUUACCAACCAUCUUUAUUACCAUGAGAUACUGAGUAAAAGACAACUCUGAAUAGCUUGUUGCUGGAUAGUAAAGGAGAUGAGAAAAUGUUGAAUGCAGGUGUUGCUGAGGUUUUAAUCCCUACUGCCAUCUUCCUGGGAUGCUUUGUAAUACAUACAGCUCCAUAUGUCAUCAUUAUGUCAAUAAGUGGCCUCUUGCUGGGUGUGCGGCAGGGUCAUAAAGGAGCUGUGGACUUCUUAUAAAAAGCAGUGCUCUUAUAGUAAUAUUUCCUAAUAAUAGAGAACCACACAUAGCGAUAAUCUAAAGAAGAGGUCGUAGGAUUGGAGGAUAAGAGGCCUCCUUCAAUGCAUGACCGUAAACAGUAUGACAUUAAUAAGAUGCACAGCAGAAUGGGUUAAGAUCACACAUACAGCUGUUAGGCACAUUGCAGAAAAAGAGUAUAUACAUAAUAGAUAUGCAGUCAAACAUUGACAUAAGUGAGCAGUACAAAUCCUGGUGUUAUGCACUAUUUUUGCAUCAAUGCAAACACACUGGUAAGGCUUAUUUGAACAGUUAAAUUACAGCAGAGGGAUUUUUUAAGUGAUUGAUUACCGCAAUCAUAACCCUGAGUAUCUGCUUUUUCAUUUCAACCCACCGCAAAAUACACAGAGUGGGCUGGCACGGUCCAUUCUAACUGAAAUAUUGAGAUCCCUCAUGUCACAUUAAUAUGUAUUACAUCACAGCAAUCGUUUGCUCAUAAAUUACAGCCUUAGGCGUAAAAAGAAAUUGAUGGGUGAAAGCUCCUCUCACUGACAGCUUCUAGAUUUAGGUAAUGUCUGUGCAUGUGUUACAAAUGCAUUGUAUGUUGAAGUGAUAAUCCUCCCUGAGAUUCAGUGAUAGUCUUUUAUCUGUAUUCUUUGUCCUGGCGAUUCUACAGAGAUGAAGAGCCUUUUGUGUGAAAUGUAGGAUGUACUUGAAUUAAGGAAGGACACCAGACACUAAUGCAGAACAUUCUUUAUUCAGAUGCGAGGAAAAAAAGGCAUUCAGUGAGAUUCAGAAUUACACUUUAUUCCAUUGAAAUGCACUGAUUAACAUAAAAUUAUAUCUAUUAUGUUACAGUGUUGUCUGCAGAGUUGAAAUUAUGCUCUGUACACUGGGUUACAAUAAGUGCCAUUACAAGUAAGCCAUGAUUGAGUCCGGUAAACAGCAAAUGCUCAAAAGAGAGUUUAAUGGAGCUUUUAAAGAGCAUUUUCUGUAGGUUCACCGAGUUUCUACUGCUGAAAAAUAUAUCUUAGCUGUACAUUAUACAUUGAUGACAAAAAUGCUAUUAUUACAUAAGUGUCCAUUUUCCAAGAUCCAAGCAAUAUGCAGCACAGAAGGCAACACUCUGCUUCUUAAUAUUCCCAUUAACACAUAAUGUGAUUAUUCGAAUGAAACACUUAAUAGACUCUCAAAGCCCACAACAGUCAAUUCGGCUGUUUUUGUUAUACAGAAUUCUCCAGUGUUAGAUGACUGGGAUCCAUGUUUUACAACAUUUUUCUGUCUUAGUGGUUGUAGAAGAAACAUUUUUUCACAAAUUCAAUUUCCAAGUAUGAAAAAAAUGGACCGUAUUUACACUACAACAUUUUCUGAAUUGUCAUCAGGGGUGUGUCUCAGGGUUUUGCCCCCCCCGUUCAAAUAAUUCUGGACAAGCCCCUGCAUAGCCAAGAAAUAUUUUCAACAGUCUCUUAUGUUCAACUUUGCAUAAAGUUUGAACCCACAGUUUAAGAUUUUCUUACAAAUGUUGCAUGAGGAUAUAUAUUUAAUUGAUAUAGUGAAUUUAAUUUAACAAAGAGUUAAACCGUACUUUAAAAACACAAUGACUCACUGGUCGACUGUCUCCUCCAGAAAUCUUCACCAGGCAACUGUUAUGAUUUCAUUAUUAUAAAAGAGCAACAUCUUACUUACAGUAUUUUACAUGAGCAAUCAUUACAAUCAUAAUCAUCUUUACAUAUCUUUGAAAAAAUACUGACAGUACACAGAAUAUCAAGUAGAGAUAUUGUAAAGGCAACUGGCAAAUAUAGUAUACAGCACAAGACGUAAGCACAAGCAUGUCUAAAGAUUACCGCAGAUGUACAAUCUUGCUUGGCAAUAAUAAGCAAUGGUUAAUCAUACACGCAUUGCACAUAUGCUCGCACUCUGUGUUCGCACUAUAAGCCACGGCAGCACGCUUUAUGCGCUGUGCAAACAGACUGAUGCAUCAUCUCCGCUGGUUUAUAGGAUCCACAGUUAAGCCCAGUUCCCCCAGUGUGAUAAACACAGCUGCCUUUUUCUUCUUUUACAUUCAGAAAUUUGUCACACCCAGCAAAAAGAACAUACUGUGCUUUACUGUAUGUCUGCUCAAUGACGAGUCCAGCAGCUGUAGAGACUAUUUCAGAGACAAAAUAACAGAAGCAGAAGAAAAAAAUGAAGGAGUAAGGACAGAAGGGGGCAAUAUGAUGACGGUAACACAGGUCCAAAACCCAACUGGCUCCUACACCUUAACUCUCCUUUAACAUGUGCAAAGAAAUCAUGGGUGGGAGGGGGAGUGACAGCUGAAUUUUCAUGAUGAAUUGUGUAUCUUUUUUAGGAUCCUUCUAUAAAUCUGUCUACAGAAAAUACUCUGCCUGUAUAGAUCAUACUGUCAGAGUAAGAGUACAGACAUAAUAUUUCAAUAUCAAGUCAUGAAAGUUUUAGUUUACCAGUCAGUGCAACUUCUUCAGUCAUGAGGUCAUGAUGUAUCCUGCCUUUCUGUUUAGCUUUCCUUAUCUGUUUAAAUAAGAGCCUUGCACUGCCAUGCUCUAAGUUAUUCAAGACUGACUUGUUGGCAGAAAAACUGCCCACACAUCUUCAAACUGCUCUGUUUUAUCUAGUCUCGGUCUGGUCCUGGGUGGGUUGUGUGUUUAGUUUGUGUUUGAUUUGUCAGAGCCCUGUGGUGACCUGUGUGAUCUCUGAGUUGAGAUCGUCGUUGGCAACGCGAGUGUCCAUCGACGACCCCUCCAAGGCUAGUCAUACCUGCAGAGACAAGAGUUCAAAAGGAAAAAAAAGAUGUAGCUGUGGCUGCAUACAUAAAACUGAUUUCUUUUUACUCUUCUGUUGUACAUUUAUAAGCUCACAUCUCAAGAGGGAGAUGAGGGAGCUAACUUGUGUCUCUACUGAUAACAGAAAGCUAUACCUCAAUGUGCCUCUGCCACACGUGACCAAAAAUGUUUCAAAUUUUUAUCAAUAAUCAAUGUUUCUAUUUUUUUAUAGUCAUUUCCCUUUAGCAAAAAUGUAAAAAAAAAUUUGUGCAGCCCGCUUACUUUUUGUAAGCAUACACCAAAAUAAUCCGUUCAUACGUGGAUAAAGACUACCUGUUGAUUGGAUCUUUCUCCUGUGUUUGCACUGUUGUGUUCCCGCUGUGGCAGCUUGCGGCUGGUGGGUCCGGUCCGAGAUGAGGUCUGCAUCUCCAACACUGAGGGGCUCGGGGUGCAGAACUCACGGAAACAACGCUUAAAGUUCUCAUCCAGAUAACCGUAAAGAACCGGGUUCAGACUACUGCAAGGAGGGGAAAAAAAAAGAUGCCAGGUAAACGCAGGGAAAUAAACUCCCCCCUGUGCUAAAAAACAUCCUUUUCAUGUUGUUUCAUGUCCUUUUCAGUGGCUUUAUAACUUCAAGUUAACCAAAGUUGUUGCAUACAAGGUGUGCAAACUAAUACAGUCAGUCAAAACCCAAUCCCAUUUGCUUUUAUCAGUAAAAAGCAUAAUAAAUCGCUGAAUAGGCACCCUGUUUUCUUCACUUGUCCAGGCUUUCUUUCUACUUCCUUAGAGCUAUUAAAUAUUUUGCAUUUCAGUGAUUAAAUGUGUCAUGAUAAAUACUUCAAAUGUGCAAAUGCAAAAAUCUAACCACAAAUGCAACAAUAAAAGGAACAUACAGUUAAAAUGUUGACAAACAUCUAUAAAAAACUGUUUUAGCACAACCUUGAUUUGCAAUUUAGUUUCCAUUACUGCCUCUUUGCCUUUUGUGUACCUAUUAGUGUAGCCCAGUGCAAUGCAGAAGUGCCAGGUGAUAGUCUGCAGCGUGGAGCUGGGGAUAUUGAUCAGAGCAGUGAUGAUUACAAAGAUGUGGAUGGGCGUCCAGCAAACAAUGAAAACUGCAACCACCACCAGGACCAUGCGAGUGAUGCGGCGCAGAUUUCUAUCCUUUUCCUGCAAGUGUGAAAGAAAGAGGGGGUUUAUUGUCGAAUGUUGUUAAGAAGGAAGAGGGAUUUCAAAGAGAAUAGAUGGAGAAGGCGAGAUAGGAAGGAAAAUCCUGAGGAGAGAGCUGUUUGAGUGAUAAAAGAGGAGAUAAAGGGGAGAGACUACAGAAGCAGAGAAAAGAGCAAAAGGAAGAUCGGAGGAGAAACAGGUUAAGAAAGAGCAGUAAUUGUUGAAUUUAUAUACAUAUAUACACACAUAGGCUCUGUAUCCAGGAUUUGUUAAAUUGUCUGAUUUAUUAAGAGAGACUUGAUUUUGGGUGGAUUAUUUUGCUUUCCUCUAAAAUGAUGUAAACUCGGCCCCAGGCUCACAGUGAUUUCCCCUGAUUGCUUUCUCUUGAGAGCAACGUGUGCAUAUGCAAGCUCCGGGCAGCAUUUUAGUUUGUUAGUUAUUCUUAGAAUACAAACAAAAUGAAUUACUUAUUCAGUCAGAGCCUCAUGUUGUUCAACCUGAGCUUUUAUGACUCACUUAAUGGUGUGUCAUGCUUGCAUCCUAAAACCAUAAUUGCCAACAGGUAUAAAACGUAAGAGUAUUAAGUGAGACCCUCUCUUUGCAUUUAUUUAGCUAAUAUUACAAAAAUGAUUUUCAUAACCUGGGAGCCCGACAGCAUGCGCACGCUCUUGAGCCGCAGGAUCAUGAGGCCGUAGCACACGGUGAUGAUGAGGACGGGCAUGAUGAAGGCAAAGAUGAACACGCAGAUCUUCAGCAGCGUGUCCCAGUACCAGGAGGGGUGGGGGAAGAUCAGCUUGCAGUCGACGAUACUGGAGGCGGCUUAAAGUGAGGAAAUACAAGCAUCAUAACACCUACAUAAUCACUGGAAACAGAGACACAACUAUUACUUACUUCUAUUUCCACAGGUAACUAUUUGUAUCUGUUUCAUUAUCACUAACAUAUGUGUCACAUCCUCCUUCAGGAAGUAGGUUUUUUCUACCUGAAUAAUUUAUAGGUGGUAAAUAUAGUAUUUAUGAGCACAACCAAUCACUGUUUUGGUUCUCCCUGAGGCAGUUUAAGUAAGACUUAUAAUUGGUCAGCUCACCAUACAUUAAUAUAAUGAUACAGUGUGCAAACACUCGCAGUAAAAGCACAGUAACAGAAAGUGAAACUAAAGCAGUGAAAUAAUGGUCUGUGAAACCAAAAGGAUGAUCUUAAAAGACACUAAAACGUUUGGGAAAAACACAAGUGACAUUAUGCUGUCACUAUUAAAUUUACAGCAAUCACAAAUGUUGGUUUGUUAAUUUUCCCUCAACAAAUGUUUCAACACUAAUCUUUUGAUACGGUCCUUUGUUUUGAGGUGUUUUCCCUCUGUAUAGCAAAAAUGAUUGGCUUAAUUCCCGGCAAUAUGGACAUGGUUGCCUCAAGGUUAAUACUCUCAUUAUUUGCUAAUUUAGCAACAAAAUAAACAACUAAUUUUUGUAUCACUGUUGAUUUACCCAGCAAUCCCAGGUAGAUGUAGACCAUGUCUCACUAAUAAGUGCUCUUCAUUUGCUAUACAGAGGUAAACGUCGCACAUCAUCAGACUUUUAAGGAGCUCUUCACUCCAAACUCAACAUUUUACACUCCAGCUAUUUCUGGGCCUUUUUCCUCCCCAUUACCUUGGCAAUUACACAGACACCCUGUCACAGAGACCUGUCUCAGUAGGCUGCAGACACUUAUAUUCAUCACCAGCCAGGCAUGGAGCGGUAAAAAGGACUUUUUUGUAGAUGCACAGGAAAAAGGGAGUUGUCACCUUUUAUCGAGUCUGCUGGAGCACGAAAUCACUCCUUUGAGUUGGAAUUCAGUAAAUAAACUGAAUGUGUUUCCUGGCAUUUUGUGUUUGUCUAGUUUUAGUUGAAGACCUUUGAAGGAUGCGGAUCGGAUGUGAUUUUUUGAGUUCCUCCACUUUUUUUUGGGAGGAGGAAGACAUACCCAUUUAUAGCUAUAAAAAGGCUUCAGCAUAUUUGAUUCACAGCCAAUAUUCAACUCUUUUCCGACUUUGCCAUUGCAGAUUAUUGUAUAUUUAAUUAUGCUUUACAUAUUGUAAGUUUACAGGUCUUUACUGUGAAUACAUUUUCUCAAUGCAAAGUGAGAGUGUAUAAUGUUGUCCUUAGAGGGUGCCUCAGUGCAGGUCAAUACACUGAUUUGUCUCAAUAAUUCAUUAUGACCUGAAACAUGAACAGCUUUGAGGUAAAAUAUCAAUUAAAAAUAACAAAAACAGGGUGGUGCAGAAGUGGUGGUGUAAAGUGUGUAUCAUUGGUUGGCAACACGUUAGCAGUCAGUGUUUUUUCCACUAAGACGAUGGUAACCAUUUUUUAUUGUAGGCUACUGACCUGGGCUGCGUGAUGUGGCCUCAAAUCAAUAUCAUGAUAUAUUGAGCAGUUCACCUCAAUAACGAUAAAUAGACGAUAACUAGUCCACAAGCUGCUCACCCCCUCCCAUAUUAACUUCGUCUACUUCAGCCGCUACAACUUUUGAACCGUCCUCCAUCUCCUCACCUGUCUUUCCCUCUUUGUUAUGGACUGGAUGGGGAUGGAGUCACGUCUCCGAUGUAAGACAGCAUCUUAAAGGCACAUGAGACCAUAGCCUACCUAAACACAUCUAAAAUAAACUUUUAUUUAUUUAUUUUUCGACACUGAAUGUAUUGACUUAGGCAAAAUGAUGUUUGUUAUUGUCGGAAAUUUCGGUAUUGGUAAAUUUUCGGUUUAUCGCCCAGCCCUACUACUGAUAUCAGAAGACUACUGGACAUCUGCAUUCGUCGAGGUCUUAGUAGUUAAUGUGGAGUACAAACUACUGAGUAAAAGUAUUAAUGCUUACGAGUGACAGCAGUGGAGGCCAUGAACAUAACAGGCAGUCCGAUGGCGGAGGAGAGAAUCCAGUUGCAGACGUUGACGAUUUUGGCGUUUCGUGGCGUCCUGAAGUCCAGAGCCUUGACCGGGUGGCACACGGCUACAUAGCGGUCAAUGCUCAUGGUGGUGAGUGUGAAGAUGGAGGUGAACAUGUUGUAGUAGUCGAUGGACAUCACCAUCUUGCACAGCAUGUCUCCAAAGGGCCAGGUCCCCAUCAGAUAGUUGACGCUCUGGAACGGUAGUGUGCUGGUGACUAAGGUGUCAGCCAAGGCCAGGUUGAAGAUGUAGAUGUUGGUGGCAGUCUUCAUUUUUGUGUAUCUGCACAGAGAGAACAUCUGUACUGUGAAACAUUGGAGCACAGGUCAAAGAUACCAGAAGAAAAAAAAAAAGGAAAAUAAAUGAUGGCUGCAUUUUUUUUUAUCAUUUUGUGUCUUUGGCGCUGUUCAGUAAUUGCUUAGAGCUCCUUGUCCUUGUGCUUGCUUUUUGUGUUUAAUCCUGGUCCUCAUGUCUCUUAUAAGUCAUUUUGACCUCAUCAUAGUCUUGAGUCUUUUGUAGUCCUUUGGGGUCAUUUUGUUGUCUUUUUAUGAGCCUUUUAGUUGAUUUGUCAUCCUUUUUAUGUCUUAGGGAUAAAAAAGAAACAAACACUGGACAGCACCGAAGCAUCUAUAUCACUUUAUAAACACCAGGUUUUAUCUUCUACAAAAAUCAAUGAUUCAAUAACCUUUUUUCAAAUCACAUUUAAAUUCAAGGUGAAUAAUGUCUCUUGUCUCUUUGGUUCCUACGUAGUAGAAAUAAAGAAGUAAUCCUCUCAAACAAAAGAAAGAACACAGCACUGCAGAGACACAGGUGCAGCACCACAAAGUCAUUUAAACAUAUUUAGUUUGUGUCUGCACAGAAAAUGACUCAAAUAUCAAACUUUUGACUUUUUACAAGCUCAGUCUAUAGGAGAAAGUGCUGUGUGUCCUGUGCAGAGUAUCUUGGGAUGUUUUCUGAAUAGCUCAGACCCUCUGUGUCAACCACUUUUAGUUUUGCAUGAGCAAACCUCAUUUUUUAAUCAGUUUUUACGUCGGAGUUUAAAAGAAAGCCAUACACAGUGGAGUUGAGUUUCAGACCCCAAAGAGUUUUCAAAGAUAUCACAAGGAUGAAACUUUGUUGAGUUUACAGAGCCAAGAAUAAAAAGUUCUCAUAUCUUCACUGAAGUCUUGUGUAAUAUUGUCUUUUUGUUAUUGUGGCUGAGAUUUUGUAUAUUUUCUUCCUCCAAUCCAAUUUAUAGUCAGCCACAAUGCAAGUUUUUGUUUUGUUUUGAAGAAAUAACAGGCUUGAUUUAAAAAAAAAAAAUUUUUUGUGAGUUAUUGGAAAAAAAAAUCUCAGUUAAUAAGGCAUAAAAAUUCAAUUCUUAAGGGAAAGAGAUCCUGAUGUGAACCCCUCCAUCAAUACAGUUUAUUAUUUUGGCAUCUAAAUGAAGGACGAUCAAAGCUUUUUGGGGACGACUCCUUUGAUGGUAUAUGAAACAGAAAUAAAAGAGAAAGUUCUUUUGAUCAGUAUGAUGAAAACUGCAAAGAAGAGGCAGGUUCAGAAAGAGCAGCGUGUGUAUAGAAAACACAAGUAGGGGAGAGCAUGGAUCCAUUAGGACAGAGGAUGAAGAACAGACGGCUGAAUGGCCAGAUUGUUUGGAGCUCUUGUCAGUGAGGAUGUAUACUGUGUUUACCAUCCUCUGCCAUGAGUCACAAGUGAAGCUGGAUCACAUCAAAAAGAUCCAAACUUAUGAGCAUACCCCACUAACUGCAGACCAAAGACCCAAAUGAAAUACGUGCAAAGCCUGCAUCUUGUGACCACACCUGAAUGUCUGAGAAGGCAGAGCGGAGGAUGACAUCUUAAUCAAGAUUCAGUCAGGUUUACGAUGUUAAAAGUCUGCUGGGUUCCCGAGUGAAGUCAAUACUCCAGAGUGUUGUUACAGAGCUGCAAGGAGCAGAAUUAAAGAGCUAUCAACUUAAAGCCAAACAGUAGCUGCAUUAAGAAAUCAGACCACACUGUAGUUUAAGACAAGACUGUCUUUAAGAGAGAGCUCAAGAAGAAUGAAUGCCUGCCUGAAACAAGAGUCUUUUGUAGUCCUUUGGCGUCAUUCUGUUGUCCUUUUUUGUGCCUUUUUAGUUGAUUUGUAGUCCUGCAGUCAUUAGACAUCUAUAUCACUUUAUAAACACCAGGUUUAAUCUUCUACAAGCACCAAAGAACCUUUUUUUUAAAUCACACUUGAAUUUAAGGUGAAUAAUUUUGUCUUUUUGGUUCCUACCUAGUAGAAUUAAAGAUGUAAUCCUCUCAGACAAAAGAAAAAACACAGCACUGCAUAAAUACAGGUGCAGCACCACAAAGUCAUUUAAGCAUAUUUAUUUUGUGUCUGCAUAGAAAAUGACUCAGAUAUCAAACUUUUGACUUUUUUACUAGCUCAGUCUAGAGGAGAAACCCAAUCAGGCUUCUGUCAGUUUCUAUGAUUGUCAAAAGUCUGCUGGGUUCUUGAAUAAGGUCAGUACUCCAGAGUCUUGUUACAGAGCUGCAUGGAGCAGAAUUAAAGAGCUAUCAACUUAAAGCCAAACAGAAGCUGCAUUAAGAAAUCAGACCACACUGUAGUUAAAGACAAGACUGUCUUUAAGUGAGAGCUCAAGAAGAAUGAAUGCCUGCCAGAAAUAAAAGAUUGCAGAUAACACAAAGGUGGCAGAUUUUUCUUGUUUCUGUUUCUUGGCUUUGAGCAGUUAUUUAGUGAAAGCUAUAAAAUCCAGGAAGUUCAUGGUUUCAAUGCAGAAAUGGUGUCACCCAUAACUCCCUCCAAAAACCAAGACACCUGUCCUUUUUACCAUUCAGUAAAAAGUGACAGAUCUAACAAUAUUUUCCCAGAUAAGAAUCAGUUUAGUUUCCUAAAUGUCAAAGUAUUCAUGUGGUUUCAUGUCUGAGGCACAAUAAUGAUUGCAUUGUUUCUGCAGUAUCCUUGUAAAGACCGCUGAGACACGUCCCAGCAGUUAUGUCAUUGAAUUAAUCUGGGUAAACAAAGUGACAAAGAUACAUUACACCCUCUGCCUUCACUUUAUUGAACCCCCAACUGCCAUUUUACCUGCAAGAUAAUUUACUUUUGCUUUGUUACGGCGCUCUCCUCAAUAACCCCAAAUCCUCUUAGCAAGAGAUGACAGUUAGCUCAUUAAAUUCUGAUUAACUCCAACACUGACAGCUUAGUGUGUUUGUUAUUUCAGGCUUUAUUUGCACUGGGACUGGUGAGACACCUGGAGAUGAAGGAAAACGCCAUCACUGUAUGUUGCAUUGUGUGCUGGAGCUGGAGUUAGAGGUAAUAACAUCCCUUUAUUAUCUUUGUGACUGCUGUUAACAUGGCUGCAGAUGAUAGCUCGCGGGUCUCCUGUGUGUUGCGUGUCUCCAGCUCAAGGAUUAUGUAGACUCUAUGGUACGUUAAGGUGAAUGGCCUCAUCUGGUCUAAAUUAACUGAAUGAAGUGUUUCAUUAAUGAGUUUUCAGCUUAAAAUUAUCUUUGCCCUUGAGGUUUUAGCUCAUGGAUUGUCUGUUAUUUACUGGAGUCCUAUGCAGACAUGCAGACAUUAAAUUUAUCUACUCUGCAGAGAAAAUUCUAGUUGUUUUCUCAAGAUCUCAACUUAUUUUCUUCUUUUUUUUCUUCCUUCAUGAUUAUGUUUACUAUGUACUGAUGACGCUGCUGUUUAUUUAAUUUAUUAUUGUUAUUAUUUAUCUAUCUAUUAUUAUUAAUUUUUUGACAUUUUUAUUUUUUCUUCCCUGUAUUCAAAUUUAAUAUUACCCCUGGGACAAGGGUAGGGGCAAGGGGUGUGGAUGAAUACAAAUGUAAUGAAAUAAAAGAAAAUAAAACAUGGAUCACUUAUUUUCUUUGAUAUCCUGAGCCAAUUAGGGUUUUACAGUCAUAAUUAGUUUAUUUCUGUGCAAGAGGCGUGCAUUUUUGUGAGGUUGAUAAAACUUCUCGAGUGACAGAAAACAAACAAUCGGCUGGUCGCUAUGAUAGGCCACCACUGGCCACUAGUAAGGUAAGUUUAGUUCGUUUGUUUUGUGCUAUUGUAACUCACAUUAUGGUUACAGUCACAGAAAUAACAACAUCGAUAUUCCAAAAUAAAAAUGCCCAGGAUUGGAAAAAAAAAUCCUCUACUUAUUGAAGAAAUAUCACACAGAUCCAACCAAUCGUAUUAAAAGUUAACAAGAAAACACGCUGUACAUUUUUCUCAAGUUGAUCCAACUCCUGUAAGACCCUUUUUACCCGGUCUCUGGAGAUCCCUGGACUGUUGAAAUUCUGGGUCAUUUAGAUCAUACAUUUCUCAGGCUUUUGUUUGUUGCUUUGGAGUGCCUCAAGGAUCCACCUUGGGUCCUGUAGUAUUUUCUCCAUAUAUGCACCCCUGUGUUAGUUUAAAGGGAUACUCCGGUGUAAAAUUAAUUUAGGGUCGAACACACCACAACAUCGAAUUAGACACCCCCUCAAGAGAUUAAUGUUGCUGACUGCUUGCUUCUCUAAUUAUACCAACUUUAGUAACGACCGCAGGAUAGCAAUACACAGCAGUCUGAGGAUCCAUAAACAAACCUUGACCAAAACACCACUCUAUAGCCACAAAUAAUGCUCAGAACAGCACCUAACUUCAUCAACAGUACAUAUUGGGUCCCAGCCACAGCACUAGCCACUAAACAUCGUUUUAACUUUGCCUAAUUUCUUCAGCAAAGAGACUAAACACAACUCACCUACUCUCUUCCAGCAGCUGCUUGUUUGUAGUGAGACCUCAGGCCAGUCCAUUAUGGACUGCAGUGGGGUGACGCAGCUCAAGGAAGAACAUUCAUGAUCAUUGAGAUAUAAAGUUUGGGCUCUCCAAACACGUCAAAUACUCACACGACAAAUAUCCUCCAUGUCAUCAGCCAGUGCUCAAGUAACGUUUUUGUCACACUGUCAACAAGAAGUGAAAUCUUAAACAGCACACUCAAUGUGGUAUGUGAGAUCAGUUCCCUGAAGUGGCCGUUGCCUCCAAAAGUCAGUCACAACCAUCAUGGGUUUAAACCAAUCAGACUCAAGUAUUUAAUUCAGCCAUGUGACGGAUAACAAUGUUUGGUAAUUAAAUCUAAUUCCAAGUGAGUGUAACAUAUCCUUUGAAUUAACAUGUUUGGUUCAAAGCUUUCCCGAUCCUGCUAAUGAGAAAAUGUAUUUCCAGGAAUAUUACGUCUCAGUAAGAAUAUGUGUCAUAGUAAAUGAGUGGUAAUGUGAAUUUCUAUCUAACAGAAUUGAAAGUAAACAGGAUAAUGCUUCCUGAAAAUUACAACCUCUACCCACCAGCUGGCAUUUCAUCUGAUUUAUGAGCAACUAGAGUUUUAAUUGUGAUGUAUUAUAAGGCCAUGAAGAAUAACAAGCAAGAUAUUGACAGAGAAUCAGACUCAAACAAGUGUAAAAUGAAUUUUCACGUCAAAUGCAAUUAUUUGAUAAAUAUCAUUUCUAUGAAAAGAAACUGAUUGCGGUUGGUUUCUCAAUUUCAAGGAAGACUUUGAUGAGAAAAUUGAAGCUCAUUCCACAUAAACAGAUAAAACAUUUUCUCAUUAUAUUGCAGUGAACGCAUUACAAAUGAAAAUGUGAACAACAAAUAUCUUGCUCAUUGUUGAUGAGAGAAGUGACAGUAAAGUAGCAAAGGGACCAGACAGAAGUAACAGCCUGAAAAAAACGUCUUUUUCUAUUAUACUGUCUGUAAAUGAACACCAACAGACAACAGAAAUUGUCCUAUCUGCCUCAAAACUACCCUGACACGCAUAGAGGCGACGGGCAGGCUGUACUGCAGUAAUGGACCUUAAAAUCAGCAAAAACAGUCCUUUCUGUGAAAUCAUUUAUAAUUCAUAGCCCUCCAUCAACAUGUUGGCUGUAAUUCCCACCUGCAGGAAGGAGACUCUUUCUCAUUACCUGUUUCUAUUCUGUCUCAACAGCUCUCUGUGGCAAAGAAAGAAAAUUAUUUGAUAAUUAUGUUAAAUUAUCCAUGGGACUAUUCUGAAUAGAAACAUUUUCUUUUUACUGGCAAAUGCUAGACUGAUUUAGUAAGAGGGGAGAAGUGGUGCGUCUCUGUCACGAACGCAUUGGCUCCAACAGCUGUCUCUUCAACAUAAACUAGAGGAGCUCACUUCUUUAUUUUGUUGUCUACAACACAACAAAGUAAGGAAAUUAUCUCCUCUCCACACCGCUCAGCCAAAGACAAACCACACACUGACUAAAUGCUGCGUCAAUGUGUGAUAGCUGUAAAGUAAUGAUGCCUGAGGAAAACAGCAGUGCUUAUGUUGACAAAGUUUUACUGAAGUCUACAGAGGGAUGGAAGCUGGUUGUAAAAGAUUAGAUUCUGACGAUGGGUUGAUAUGUAAUGAGUCAACUGGAAGACGAAUGGAUAGCAAUAAGCGGUCCACCUACAGACCUCUGUGGUGGUACCACGACGUAGACAGUAUUGUUUCAUUCCUGUUAAACCCUGAGUUUGUCGUCAAUGUGUAUCACGGAUCAUGUCAUAUCCCGAGGCAUCAGCAUGUGGACUUACUAGGGCCCAACCGAUUUAUCGGCAAGCUGAUUAAAUCGGCAUAAACUCGCGGAUUGUCGCUGAUACUUUCAGAAAUAAAAUGCGGAGAAUAAGAUUCGGUUUCACUUCGAAAAUGUUCCGCCCUUUGAAAAGAUCCCCGACUAUCCAUCCAUAGCCAUCUGCUAUUAGCCUUGCUACACUGUUGGCCGUGCCAGUAGACGGUAGAACAAACAACAGUACACAUUAUGUGAUCAAGCUACUUCUCUUACUGAGGCAGCUGCAUGCCUUCAGAUGAGACCGGACCGGAAAUCAGUAACAUGAGUCAAGACGCGGAGGUACCGAUCAGCAGGGGGUGUAGUUGAAAACGCUUUUCUGGUUUGAGUUUGAUUAAUGAUAAAUAUAUGGAAUAUUACUGAGGUGAGUCGGUCUUCCUGUCGGCGUGAAGAGCAGUAGCUUACAGUAUAUCGAGUGUUUCUUAUUUUUUAUGAUGUAGGUGAGUUAGCUUUAUUUUUAUCUAUUUAUAUGGGCUAUUUAUUUUAGAGGAUGACGAGUGUGUGAGUUUGACAAGACAAAGGUUGACAAAAUAAUCAGACUCACGCCCGCUGCAGUCUGAAUAAUAAACUGAAAAAAAAUUGUUUAUCAUCUUUAUUACAGUUAAAAUAAAUAGCCAAGGGUGUGGUGUAAGUCAUAUUAUGUAAACGCAACAAAGAAAAAUGCUUAAUUUUUAGCAAUAAAAAGGAUUUGAAAUGAGUUUUCUGCCUUUAACUCUUUGAAGAGGUGUUUGAAAGGCUCAAAAGCAAGAAAGGCUCAUUUGUUAAAAAAACAAGUAAAUUUAUAGAUACAUUACUUGAAUUAACAAAAUUUUAAAACUUCAUAAAAAAAUUUAAAAAUCGGCCGAUUAAUUGGUGAUCGAAUCCCCCCCCCCCUAAUAAUCAGUAUCGGCAUCAGCCCCCAAAAAUCCAUAUCAAUCGGGCCCUAGCACCUACUGUAUAACACAGAUUCUACAUAUGUUAUGAUAAAUCACCCACCAGGAAAAGCAAGCAGAAUAAAACUUGAGAUAUCUUUUUUGUGGUCUCCAAGUCCAAUAAAACAACUGUAAACAAGUUAAAAUGCUGCUAUUUGUGAGUGCACAGAGCUCCAGAGUGUAAUGUCUCUACUCAACCUGCACUUGGCAAAGCAGCGGAGAGCUAAGUGAGUGAACCCAUUUCACUUCAGGGCCUGUUUGAGACAACCAUCACUUGGGCACAGGUUUAAGUUGCAUGUGCUUUCCUCGUAAUUGGGUUAGAGGAGUCCAACCCCAGCUGCUCUAGGACAAUAGAUAAACAGUUGCCCGACUAUUUUUGCCAGCUUCUAACAUUUGAGUGUUUUUUCCUUUUGUGUUAGAUGGUGACGAACGGACAAACACGCACGACAAACCACACUGGGGAGAAAAAGCACUUUGCACAGCACACGUCUCCAGGUCAGACCACAGAACGCAGCAUGGAGCCGCUCACAUGGGCCUGCAUGUAAUUAGUUGAUAACUGUCUGUACAUGUGAAGAUCGUGUUUCACCAUGGCAACCACUAUGAAUAGGCCUAUAAGAGACUUUGAUGUGGGCAUGAUUGUAAUAUGAUGAUUGUAAAACUUAAAAUCUCAGACCAGUUGUGAGAUUUUUCAUGCGUCACAGCUGCUUCAUUUAUGACAUCAAAGUAAAAUGACAAGAAAUAAUAACCGAACAAAUGCAGAUAUAAAGCUUGCCUGUACAGCAACUUUUGAAUAAUGAUGCUGAAACCUGUCUGAGGAAAAAUUACCACUUUCUGUUAGUCCUUUGCUGUUUCUGUCUAAAGGAUCAGAUUUAAUGAGGCUAAGAUUAGAAAUAAUGUUGUUUUCUCUGCAUUCAACAUCCACAAACUAUUGUAUAUGGGUUCAAUUUUUCAUUUUCUGUCAUUGUACAUUUCCCAGUUACCGCUCUCUGACGCUGUUUACAUGUAAAACCCUUAGCCCGUGAAUAUCCACUCGACUGUGUGUAACUCAGAAGCCCCCCUAAAGGGAAAAUGUUAAAUCUUCAUAGAUAAACAUCAACUUAAUUCAGUUUGAUUUAGCGAACGGCAUAGUUGUCACAAAUAAAUGCCAAAUUAUUGAGGAAGAAAGAGCAGAGGCUAUUAAUUUGUGCAGUGAGACAUUAAAAAAACACAAUAGCUCAUAAACAUUAAUGUGAUUUGGAUUGUUUUAUACUGACGCUUUUAUCUGCUGAUUGUAAAUUAGGCUUGAGUAAACAUCUCCCCCUAGGUUUCUGUUGCCUGGGGCAGCAGUUGAAGUGUCAAAUAGAUACUAGAAGGCCAACAGAUAAUGAGAGACCCAUAACUUGGCUGGACAUUUAGAGUUCAAACCCUUUCAGCACCAGGCUGAUCUCUGUGUAAUUUGGAAGCAAGCCUUUGGUAGGUCAACAGUCUUGUCACCAUGUUUUCACAGACGUCAAGAUGAAACCUACGCACUUGUGUUCAACAGUUUGGAAAUGGGAGCGGAUACAUUUUUUUGUGCCUUUUGUUACACACAGACAGCUAAACAUAAUUCAUCAUCACCCAGCUAAGCCGGUCAGUGUGUGUGUGUAACCUUGUGUGUGAUUCAUGGGCUGCUGCUGGGUGAAGAUAAACCAUUAAGUCGAGGCUGCAAAAACAGGGGCUGCUCAUGUGAACAGACAUCUGUACGCCUCUGGCUCUCACCAGUAACACUGUCCAUGCACGCUGUGAGGACAUGAUGGAUUAGAGUGCACGGUGUGCGAGUCUGCGUGUCAGUCUGACUGCCAGGCAUGUGCUUCUGUGGCAAGCAUCGUCAGGAAGUCAUGGUUUGUCUGUGCCUUCAGUGUACAAAAACGUCACACUUUUCUCAAAAUUCUUCCUCAGGCUUUAAACCUGAACGUAUCAACUUUACUGCAUUAUGAUACAAAACAUGGGAAAUCUAUUUUAAAAGUAUUUGUGAAGCAGUGUGUGUAAACUAAAUGAGGUUAAGCUUAAAUGAGUUUUCUAAUAAUGAAAAUAUCUGAUAAACCAAGGUACUUAAUCACACUGAUGGUCUUAGAAAAUCCAAUACUGCCACAAAUAAGUGCUAACACCUUAAUCCACAAUGAUCCUAUUGAUCCAGAGAUACUAAAGAAAGAGUCGAAAUGAAUUAUAUGCUGCAAAACCUUUAUUCUUGUGAGUUCAUAAAAUCUUACCAUCUACGUAGUUCAUCAUCCCCCUCACGUAUGGAUUUUUCUAUCAUGACUCUAAAGGGCUGUGGAGACUAGCAAACAGAGAAAUACUUGAAAACCAUAAAUCAGACAAACUGAAAAGUGAAGCUCGUGACGAAGCUCGAGGGAUAGUCAGACGAUUACAAACUCAUUUCCAAUCAUCCUCUGGGAACUACGAAUGUUUGUGCCAAAAACUGUUUCAAUCAAUGUUAGACCUCUAGAGGUGUAUGAAACUGAGAAUUCAACCUGUUGAUUGGGCCUGGGAGUCAUUGGAUGAGAAGAACCAGGUCUGGGCGAUAAUUAUGUUUAUUAGUUAAUUCAUAUUUGUGGUUCAGCACAAUUUUUAAAAAUGAAAAGCCAUGUUUUCCCUCUAGCUUUCUCUGCCACCUUCAUUGAGCUCCUGAAGUUCACCCUAUCAUUUGAUUCGCCUCCUGAAGGCACACACACGUCAUCCUG